AUGUCUGCAAACAGAGCUAAAGCAUUUGAUCGCACAAUGAAGUUGCUUUUGGUGGGUGAUUCAGGUGUGGGAAAAUCAUGUCUUCUUCUCCGAUUCGUGGAUGACAAGUUCAACCCAUCAUUCAUCACAACAAUUGGAAUUGACUUUAAGAUCAAGACUAUAGAUAUUAACGGGAAGAGAAUAAAACUCCAGGUUUGGGAUACUGCCGGUCAGGAAAGAUUCAGAACAAUUACUACCGCUUACUACAGAGGUGCCAUGGGAAUUAUCAUAGUGUAUGAUGUUUGUGAUGAGAACUCUUUUGAGAGUGUCAAGAAAUGGUACCAAACUGUGAAUCAGCAUGCCAAGGAUGAUGCGCAGUUAUUCCUCGUGGGAAAUAAGUGCGAUGAUGAGGAAAGUAGACAAGUGUCCACAAAGCAAGGUGAGCUGCUUGCACAGGAAUUGGGUAUACCAUUUAUGGAAGCCAGUGCCAAAUCCAGUGUCAACGUUUCAGAGGUUUUCUACAAGUUGGCAGGACUCAUUUUAGAGAAGACAUCUGAUGAAGAGGCUGCUUCUGAGCAAUCACAAAAGGGUAAUGUUGAUGUCAGACAAGGGGGUCACACCGUUUCUAGCUCUGGAUGCUGCUAA